UGCAGGAACAUUUGAGCUCUUUAUACGCUUUCGGUGUUUAUUCGCCACUCUGUUUUAAACACAUUUCUGUCGUAUCUACUAGUUACCCCUUUUAAUAUCAUAUGUACGUCAGCUUGCUGUCUGGUUAAGGUAGCAGUAGCACUAGGCUAAUGCUAACUGGCUAACAUCCCCGACCAUGAGUUCAAAAAGCUACCACCCCUCUGCUGAAGAGGAUGACUGCAGGACGGAGAGUAACGCUAUUGUGAAAGAGGAGAAGGGAGAGGAGGCUGUCACUGUUAAGCAAGAAGUAGAGGAUGAGGCUGUUAACGUGAAAGAGGAAGACGUUUCAGUGAAAGAGGAGGGGGAAGUUAAACAAGAGGGUGCAGUUUGUACAGUGAAAGAGGAGGAAGACGUUUCUGGAGUGAAGGAGGAGGGGGAGAUCACUGUCACAUUGGAGGAGGAAGAAGAGCAGAAUGGAGAUCUGAUUAACACCAGACAGACACCAGACUCAGAAGAUCCAGAGCAAGAGACGUCUGAACCAGCAAGACGACACCACUGUUCCCACUGUGGAAAGACUUUUACCCAGUUACGGACACUGAAGGUGCAUGAAAGAAUACACACUGGAGAGAAGCCCUACCAAUGUUCCCAGUGUGGAAAGAGUUUUAUCCAGUUAGGGAGCCUGAAAAUACAUAAUAGAAUUCACACCGGAGAGAAGCCUUACCAAUGCUCCCAGUGUGGAAAGAGAUGUUCACAGUUAAGUUGCCUGAAAUCACAUGAGAGAAUACACACAGGAGAUAAGCCCCACAAAUGCCUUCAAUGUGGUAAUACUUUUAAGCGGUUAAGUAACCUGAAAGAACAUCAAAGAGUACACACGGGGGAAAAGCCUUACUACUGUUUAUAUUGUGAAAAGCGUUUCAGCUGGGUAAGGCAACUGAAAGAGCAUGAGAGAACACACACCGGAGAGAAGCCCUACCAAUGUUCCCAGUGUGGAAAGAGUUUUACCCAGUUUGGGAGCCUGAAAAUACAUGAGAGAAUCCACACAGGCGAAAAGCCUUUCCAAUGUUCCCAGUGUGGAAAGAGUUUUAACCGGUUAGGUAACCUGAAAUCACAUGAGAGGACACACAAAGAAGAAGAGCCACAUCACUGCUCCCAGUGUGGAAAGAAUUUUACCUCAUUCGGCUUCCUGAAGAAUCAUGAGCAAAGACACACGGGGGAAAAGCCUUUCCGCUGCUCCCAGUGUGGAAUUAAAUUUACGUGUUUACGGCAACUGAAAUCACAUGAAAGAAUGCACACAUGAGAGAAAUGUUACGAAUGCUCCCAGUGUAGAAAGAUAUUUACCCAGUUUGGGCACCUGAAAGACUGAGGUUACACACACAGGGGAGAAGCUUUACUCAUGCUUCCCAAUGUGGAGAGUGAUUUUUCAAAUACUUACAAUUCAUGAGUUAACACACACAUUCCUCCCACACUUCUCAUCUUUUACUGAAAAUUUGUGCGUUGUGGUUUUGUUUACGCUCUUAGACUCAUAUUCAUAUGGAAAUAUGUACACUCUCUGUGUACACUACACUCUCUCUGUGAUUAAAUAGUCUUCUUUCUUUACUCUGGCUCUGUGUGUUUUUCUGUGUGUGUUGGGGAUGUGGAACGUCGUUUGGGUCUUUGCGUGUCAAAAAACACACUGACGUGUUUGUUGACAGUGAUGCAGGAUGAUGAUGACAAGUUGAUAAUGAUAACAUGAUAACAAGUUCAAACAGGUGCCAUUAAUACAGGUAACGAGUGGAGGACAGAGGAGCCUCUUAAAGAAGAAGUUACAGGCUGUGAGAGCCAGAAAUCUUGCUUGUUUGUAGGUGACCAAAUACUUUAUUUUCCACCAUAAUUUGCAAAUAAAUUCAUUAAAAAUC